GAAGGGAAAUGUCGCUCCGGAACCCUCAACGCCGUGGACUUAGGUCGAUUAUACCGAGAAUAAGGUUGAUGUUGACAGGCCUGUAGGUCCUUCGUUCCUGACGCUCGUUUCAUCAUCUGUUUGCACACUGGUUCCGAUGCCGCUAUUGCAGCUGAAACUUCUCCGGCGUACGGAUGCGAAAUGGUCACUAAGAACUUUAUGCGAUAUGAGCCUCCCUGUGAUGGAUUGCCGACAGGGACUAUCUUAGACUCCCAAGAUGGUUAGCCUGUCGCGUACACCGCACUCGCGACCCACUGGUGGGAUAAAUAGCCAACAGCCACGCCCUAUGGGAAUUCCAACUCGAAGGACGUAAAAUCUCUCUCGCCCACAAUGCCUGGUCUCACUACUGCACCACGCUUCCCUCAAAACAUCCCCACCCACCCUUUGCUCAUCGUGAACUAUGCCUUAGUCAAGUCUGGUGAUCGAGGUGAAGUGGAGAAGCUAUGGAAGGCCGCAACUGAGUUGGGAUUCUGGUACCUAUCGAAUCACGGCAUCGAUGAAGUUGAUGACAUGUUCGACGUAUAUGCCGACGCAUUGGAUUUGCCAUUAGAAGAAAAGAUGCAAUACGAACAGGGUGAUAGUGGAAAUUCAUAUGGCUAUAAGGCUCGUGGCAAGAUUGUCACAGACAAGAACGGAACCUUAGAUACAAGCGAGUUCCUCAACGUGGCUCAGGACGAUGCGCUUUCAUACCCACGGAUCACUUACCGCUCAUAUCCUCCCACAAUCAAUGAGCACAUGGGCGAUGUGAUUGUACCCUUCGUUCAGAAUUCUUUGGCAGUAUGCACUACGAUCUUGUCUAUCUUCGAACAAAAACUCGGUCUUCCCAAGGGUGAACUUCUGAAAAGACACUCACCGACCGAGCUCAACGGUGGUGAGGCACGAUGUGUCAAGACACCUCCCAAUGCAGACAGAGCAGGUAUCGGAGCUCACACCGAUUUUGGCAGCUUGUCCAUGGUCCAUAAUCGCCUAGGAGGGCUCCAGGUGAUGCCUCCAAAUUCGGAUAGAUGGUACUACAUCAAGCCACUUCCUCGACAUGCUGUCUGUAACGUUGGGGAUACACUGGCUCUCUUCAGUGGCGGGAUUCUCCGCUCCAAUGUUCAUCGUGUAAUGCCACCUCCGGGUGAACAGGCUAAAUACACAAGAUACUCCAUCGCGUAUUUUAGUCGUCCCGGGAAUCGCAUCGUCCUUCGUGCGCUUUCCAACGAGAGUAAGAUUAUUGCGAGGGCGGCACUGCGGGCUCCCGCCUGUGAAUACGAACCUGGCACAACCGCUGGUGAAUGGACGGCACGUAGGAUUCGUAACUUGCGACUCAAGAGCCGUGAAGGAUGGAUUGCCAGCCAAGGAACAGAACAUGACGGCGUAAAGGAGCGUACUACUGUCUGAGGUUCUUAUACUCUCCAGACGAUUAUCGGUAUUAUCGGAACUGUUCAGUAGUGGGUAACAUUAAGAUGUUCGCUAUUUAUCGCAGGCUAUCCUGCCAUGAUGUUGCAUCAUGCGAUUUUCUGUAUCAUAGCUCUUACAUUAUCUGUAUCAUAUGUUUGGUUGACUU